AUGCGGAGUAUCCGGAACAACAAGGAAAUGGUGGCAGCCCUUCUCGCGGACUUUAAGGUGCAGGACUCGGGUUUCGCGGACGAGGAGGACUUUCCCCAGUCGUCGUCGUACAAGACGAGCUACGACAACAGGUACGACAAACGCUACGAGAAGAACCGCUUCGAGACGAGCAACGAGAUCAAUAGGUCAGCGCUCGAGCUCAGGUUGGUCAGGCCGAGCAAGUACAGGAGGCCACACUACCCGCCCACCCGGCGGCCACCCGUCAACCGGAGAAACGUCUAUCACGAUAAGCCGCUGCGCGGCUCGGCGUCGUCGCUGCGCCCGACGAGGAGGCCGCACAACCCGAAAAGAGCGCCGACCGAGAGCGAGUGCACUUUCUUUUCGAAAACCGUCUGCUUGGAGGCUGCCGAUUAUCCCAUGGAGGCGAUAAUGCGGAGUAUCCGGAACAACAAGGAAAUGGUGGCAGCCCUUCUCGCGGACUUUAAGGUGCAGGACUCGGGUUUCGCGGACGAGGAGGACUUUCCCCAGUCGUCGUCGUACAAGACGAGCUACGACAACAGGUACGACAAACGCUACGAGAAGAACCGCUUCGAGACGAGCAACGAGAUCAAUAGGAGGUUCGAAUUUAAUUCGCCGUACAACAAACACAACAACAACCAUAACAAUGACAAAGACGACAACAACGUGGAGGAAGGCUACACUUGUCCAUCGCAGGUGAAGUACGCCCAACCUCAGCUCGCCCGAGCUGCUUCCGGGGUCUGGAAGUACAUCAUCAACACCGGCGAGCACACCCAGACUCUGAGACUCGAGAAAUGCCUCAACCCCCACGCAAGCUGCUCCUUCAUCUCGGAGAACUACCGGUCAUCCUGUGCCCAAGUGUACAACUACCACCGGCUCCUAACCUGGGACGCCAAGCUAGGCCUGCACAUGGACAUAUUCAAGGUGCCCACCUGUUGCACCUGCCACGUCCACGGUUACGCUGACCUGUUCCCGCCCCACCAGACCGAUCCGCCCCUCAAGUCCCAGGAGCCCUUUCCAGGCGCCGAUUUCGCGACGAGUGAUCCUCACGUGGGCAAAGGAUCGAGCAACAUAAACAAGUACGCCAACAGCCUGGACUCGGCGGCGUUGAAUCUUUUUCGCGAGAGCUACGGCCAAGGCGGACAGGAGCAGGACCAGGAGACCCAACUGCAGCACUCGAGCAGCGCGCGGAGGCCGAGCAUCGCGCGACCCCCAAGGCCAAGGAAGCCUUCGAGCGGUGGUGGUGUACCACGGCCCUUCAACAGCAAGUUGCCGCAGCAGCACGCGCCUAACACGCGGGCACCGGGGUACACGGGGCCGUGGCAGCAGAGGCAGAAGGGGCCCUUUCGCCGAGACUCCCCGUCAGCGGAUGUAUCGGAUCAUCCGGAAGGCCCAGCGAAUCUUACGCUUAACGGAUACGGUCAAUCGAUUGACUGGGACGCGAUAGAGUCGAGCAGCACGAGGCUGCGCUCGAGCGGCUUCGACGAGGAGUACCAGGAGACGCAGAGGCGGGUCAACUACGACUACCACCCCAUCAUCGACUUUUUCAAGCCCGAGGCGGCGAUGCUCAAGUCCGAGGGCCCGUCCUCACCGGCGACGCUUCACGACUCUUGGAAGCCCAUAUUCAAGACCUGA